AUGAGUAACUCUACAGAUUCCUCAGACUACUGUACCUUGGACACUUGCCCGAUCACAGAAGCAUACGUCUAUUACAUCCCAUCACUAGCCGGAAACGCCUUCUACCUAGCCUUUUUCGCGGUGCUACUAGCCGCGCAGGUGGUGCUUGCCAUCCGCUACCGGACCUGGGGCUACUUUGCAGGUCUAUUCGGCGGGCUCGUACUGGAGAUCAUCGGAUACGCCGGACGACUGCAGCUGCAUUCCAACCCAUUCCGCUUCAACUCGUACCUAGAGUACCUGAUCUGCCUGACCAUCGGGCCCGCCUUCCUCAGCGCCUCGAUCUACAUCUGCCUGGGACGCAUCGUGAUCAUCUACGGCGAGAGCAUCUCACGCCUCCGUCCGAAGACCUACACCAUCGUCUUCGUGACAUGCGACCUGAUUUCGCUGAUACUCCAAGCAGCCGGCGGAGCCAUCACCUCCAUCGCCGACGCAGACCAAUACGACCUGGCACAAAAUGGUAUCAACAUCAUGAUCGCCGGCCUAGCAAGCCAGGUGGUUUCGCUCGCGCUCUUCAUGGCCCUCUGCCUCGACUACGCGUGGAAAGUGCACAAGAACCCGCACGAGCUAAACACCGAACCCCGCAUGCGCGACCUUCAUCAAUCCCGCCACUGGAAGGCCUUUCUCGCAAGUCUAGCCAUCGCAACACUAGCCAUCUUCGUGCGCUCGGUCUUCCGAGUCGCGGAGCUCAAGGGUGGCUUCCACAGCUCGCUGGCUAAUAACCAGGUGCUCUUCAUGGUCCUUGAAGGGGCGAUGAUCGCGAUUGCUGUUCUCUGCUUGACUGCUUUCCAUCCGGGUGUCUGUUUCGAUGGGCUGUGGGACCAGACGAAAUGGUCAUUUCGGCGGUCGCGCGAUGGUGAGAUGCAGUUGAUUUCGGUGCAUGCUGGGCCUGAGGCUAAAAUUGAGAGGGUCGAUUCGGAUUGAGCUGGAUUGAGGUCAUCUCACCAGGGCUUCUAGGGCUGGAGAAGGCUGGCGAGCUGCUCUCUGGACUGUUUUUUACUCUUAAACGGGGUUUAAGUCAAGGAUUCGUGUAGGUGAAGCUGAGAUCUGACAAGACUUGAAAACG